AUCAAUUUGUUUGUUUAUUUAUUUUUUUGUUAAAUUUUGACUGAAUUAAAAUUUGUUAACCAAUUAAAUGUCACUUAUUUGGUAAUUAUGAUUCGUUGUUUGUUUCAUGCAAGUCGGACUACACGAUUAAGAACUGGUAAUUCAUUGAUAAUAAGUCAACAUGUGAACAAACCUUUGGUUAAAAGUUACAAAUCAUUUUACCGUUUCUUUCAUGGUCUUGGUCACGGCGGAGAGGCAAAUAAUGGCCUCACAUCGGCAAAAAACAAGGUUGGAUCUUGGUCGAUAAUAAAACAAAUGGCCAGUUAUGUUUGGCCUAAAGAUAAGCCUGAACUAAAGAGACGAGUCGUCAUUGCUUUGGGUCUAUUGAUCGCUGCUAAGACUGUAAAUGUUUCAGUUCCAUUUAUCUUCAAAUAUCUAGUUGACUUUUUAAAUUCUAAUGCAGGGACACCAUUGAAUUUCGAAGAUCCUGCCACCAGUAUAAUGACCACUGCUCUUUCCUUGGUUAUUGGUUAUGGAGUCUUCAGAGCAAGUGCUUCUCUAUUUAAUGAACUUAGAAAUGCCGUUUUCGCCAAAGUCGCUCACGAUUCAAUCAGAACAGUGGCCAGAAAUGUUUUCCUUCAUCUUCAUAAAUUGGACCUUUCAUUUCAUCUUUCAAGACAAACUGGUGCUCUUUCAAAAGCAAUUGAUCGUGGAACCAGAGGAAUCAAUUUCGUGUUAAGUGCAAUCGUUUUCAAUGUCGCUCCUACGAUACUCGAAGUGGCCUUGGCAAGCUCCAUAUUGUAUUAUAAGUGUGGUCCUCAGUUUGCUGCGAUUACUUUAAUCUGUAUCGGAAGUUAUUCAGCAUUUACCUUUGGUGUUACUUCAUGGAGAACAAAGUUUCGAAUUCAAAUGAACAAAGCAGAAAAUGAUGCUGGAAAUCAUGCAAUUGAUUCAUUGAUUAACUACGAAACUGUCAAAUAUUUUAACAAUGAGCAUCACGAAGCUGCGACAUAUGAGCGGGUACUUAAAAAGUACGAAGAAGCCUCUCUAAAGACCUCCACCAGUUUGGCCGCUCUUAAUUUCGGUCAAAAUGCAAUAUUUAGCUCAGCUCUCGCUGGAGUAAUGGGAUUAGCCGCUGUACAAAUUGUGAAAGGUAACAUGACUGUUGGAGAUCUUGUUAUGGUUAAUGGUUUAGUUUUCCAACUUUCGAUGCCACUUAAUUUUCUUGGUACAGUUUAUCGGGAAGUACGACAAUCAUUGAUCGAUAUGAAAACAAUGUUUAGUAUUUUAAAUAUAAAAUCAGCAAUUCAAAGUAAACCUGGUGCUCCUUUUAUCAAAGUAACGCCUGAAAAUGCCUCAGUUGUUUUCGAUAAUGUUUACUUUGAAUAUGUACCAAAUCAGCCGAUUCUGAAUGGACUGUCAUUUGAGGUGCCAGCGGGUAAAAAGGUUGCGUUUAUUGGUGGAAGUGGUUCGGGAAAAACGACAAUUAUCCGCUUAAUGUAUCGAUUCUUUGAACCUCAACAAGGUCGUGUUAUCGUUGCUGGACAAGAUGUCAGAGACAUCGAUGUGGACUCAUUGAGACAAGCGAUCUCCGUUGUACCCCAAGAUCCGGUUCUAUUUAAUAAUACAAUUGAUUACAAUUUACAAUACGGUGAUUUUAAUGCUUCAAUUGAUCGUGUCCGUGAAGCCUCAUCCAUGGCUGAACUUCAUGAAUCAAUUCAACGAUGGCAGAAUGCUUAUCAAACACAAGUUGGCGAACGAGGUCUUAAAUUAAGUGGCGGUGAGAAACAGAGAGUGGCCAUUGCUCGAGCGAUCGUUAAAAAUUCACCAAUUUUAAUUUUCGAUGAAGCAACAUCAUCAUUAGAUUCGAUCACUGAACAUAAAAUUCUCAAAGCACUUUCUAGAGCUUCACAUGGACGAACAUCAAUUUGUAUCGCUCAUAGACUCUCGACCGUUGUUGAUGCCGAUCUAAUUUACGUUCUUCAAGAUGGACACGUUGUUGAAAAAGGAAAUCAUAGUUCUCUUGUUGCUAAUCCAUCAUCUUUAUAUGCUCUUCUUUGGUCUAAACAACACGAAGCUGAUAGAAUAUUAUAAGAUACUUUAAUCAUCCAAAUUGAACAUUUCUUGUAAAGAAAAUAAAAACUAAGAAAAUGCCACCUUAACAAUCUUGGAACAUUCAUUUCCUUUCUCAUAGAUCAUUUCCUGGUUAAUCAUUAAUAUUAAAAAAUUAUCGAAAAAUUGUCAA